AUGCCCGACCAACAGGCGCCCCCUGCAGGUCAACCUGUGGUUCCACCACCCACAAACCAACCUGAACUCUGCUCUCCUAGAUCAUGUUUGUUUCCAAGGCCUAGCUCUGGGUUUAAAAUACCAGGAUUGUUUCUGAUUGACGCUUCUUACAAUUCAGACCAAGAAAUUUCAGGUGCAGACAAUAAUGAACUCGGUGGCUCCAGUCCGCAGGCGAUGCAUACGGGAUCCUUGGGAUCCACCGGGAACGGCGAAACGGAUACCAACAAUGCAGAAUCCGUAAACUCCCAUGACCCAAUUGAAUAUUCUACUCGUCUUCCUGACCCCUUUCCCCCUACAAUCCCCAACAAUACUACAGUAACACCCGCGGCACCAGGACCAGUCGAAUCAGAAAUGGAUCACACUAUGGGAGGCACAGAGUACGACGGACCGGAGGGCUCACGAGAGAAAGUUAAACAAGGGGUGGUAUCCUCCGAGUCAGAUGUUAACUGUCCACCUCCUGCAGAUGCAAUGAGUGAAACGAAGGCGCCGGCCGAGAGAGAGAAAGCACCAAUCGAUCCAGAUUUCCUUGAGGCAGCGCAAGAGGACGGGAGCAAUCCAAAUAUGGAAUGGCAAUUCUCUUCGGACGAUGAAACGAGCGACGAGGAGGCAUUACCAGUAGAGGGAGAAGAUAGUGACGAGGAAGGAUGCUACUCUCCUAUGAAUGCGGAAGAGAUGGCCCAGCUAUUAAUGCAGGAGGAUAACGGUUAUGAUAACUCCCCCUCGGUUUGCACCCCACAUCGUACCAAAAACGAGAUUGCAGAGGAUGAAGCAGAGCCUGAAAAGCCCAAUAUUUCACUUACGCAAGAUAUGGCAAUCAAGCCCGUAGGUUUUGUCAAGUCCAUUGUGGGAAAGUUGGUCCUUAUUGAGGCUUCUGAUCCGGGGUACCAACGGGUUUUGGGGGAAGGUUCUUUGCUGGCAUUCGAAGAUCGUACUAUUCUGGGAGUUGUCAAUGAGGUCCUCGGCCGCGUGGAAAUGCCAUUUUACACUGUCCGGUUCAAAAGCCCGGAGGAGAUUAAGGAACUUCGUGUGAAUGUGGAGCGCAAGGUAUUCAGCGUGGUACAGCACAGCGAAUUUGUCUUCACACAGCCAUUGAAAGCGAUGAAGGGCAGCGACGCAAGCAAUCUCUACGACGAGGAAAUCCCCAUUACAGAGCAAGAGUUCUCGGAUGACGAGGCAGAAGCAGAAUAUAAGAAAUCCUUGAAGGAAGCGCGACAAGAGAAGCGGGGUGACCGUGGCAGUGGCCGCGGCGACGGCAGUGGUAGUGGCGCCCGCGGCAGAUAUAGCGGUGGCCGUGGUUGGGGGCCCAGAGAGCAGAUCCCAACCCACAUUGAUGAGCCAUACAUUCCACUAGCUCGUCCAGCAAAUCUACAGGAAAUGUACACGUCGGAGCCCCCCCCUCCUCCCAGUACCCACGGGGGGCAGAGAGGCAGCAAUCGCAAGAGAGGCGACAAGGGCCGGGGUAGGGGUAGUCAUCGCAGUAAGGAUUCUUUUGCUGGAAGAGGCGGUCGCAGAGGCAGUCACUCCCAAAACGACAGUGACAGACCCCAGUUAUCCCCCCCGGUUCCCACAUUCGGCCCCAACACCCAAUUCAACCAGCCACCUUCAAGUUUCCAACAACCCUAUCCUUACACUUUCCCAUCUCAGUGGCCCACCCCGGAGCAGCAAGCUGAGUUCGUCCGGCUCAUGCAAGGGCAGACUGGCCAAUGGCCUAGCGCCAGCCAAUUCCCAAUGGGCCCGCCAUUCUCGUUGCCCCCACAUCUGCAAUAUCAGCAAUUCCAGCAGCAGCAACCGGUAUACCAAAAUCAGCAGCAGCAGCAGCAGCAGGGAUCGCACUUCGCCGGUCAGCCAAAUCCCCAGCAACAGCAAUUCCCUAAUCUCCCAACGGGGGCAUACAUUAACCCGGCCUUUUGGGGUGGGCAAGGCCAAGCUCCCCAGGCCCAGGCCUCCCAAGCUCAUACUAAUUACAGCCCUCCAGCACUCACUCAGCAAAACCCCGCUUUGGCAGAUGAAACUGCCACCACAAGGACAGUUAGAGAGUCUCUUGAGAUUUUGAAAAACUUAUCCAAGUGAAGGCCUUCGAGCUUAAUCCCCCCCCCCCCCUUUCCUGUUCGCCGCACCAUGUCUUUUUAUUUUUCCUGAUCCAAGGCCUGCUUUUAUGGGGUUUCUCUCCCACGCUUUCAUUCAUCGAUAUUCAUAUGUGUCUCGAGUUUGUAUAAUUGGAUAUGGAUGGGAUCAAAAGUUGUUACAGUAUAGUAGAUGCAUAACCAAUAGGCUAACCUCUGU